AUGGCAGCUGUUGACAAAAACGCGCCUUCGCCUGCGACAGAUACCGAAGGAACAUCUAGCUGUGUAGCUUGCGAUAAGCCGGACGGCGCCGGGAACCUUGUCCAGUGUGACCAAUGCGACGAUUGGUGGCAUCAAUCUUGCGCUGGUGUCACGGAUUCCAUCGAAAGCAAGCCGUGGACUUGCCGUAAGUGUGUUCCAGCUCCAAGUAUCGCGAGUAGCACCACCACAACUAGUUCACGCAAACGCAUUCAACUAAAAUUAGAGAAGCUGGCUGAAAAGCGCGCUCUAGAACAAAAAGUUCUACAGGUUAAACUGGAUGCAAUCCAUGCCGAACAGAAAAUGGUCGAUGAAAAGUAUAAACUCCUCCGAGCAGCAGUCGAAGAUCCGGAAGAAAACGGUAGCCAUCGAAGUCGGGUAACUAGAAGAAGCAGUCUUCAACGUACCAAUGAUUGGCUCGACCAAAUCUCAGAGCCCGAGAACGGCGUGUGUGAUGCCGCUGUGCUCGAACCCGAAAUUAGUCCUACGAUUCCACAACAUCCACCAAAUUCUUUUGCCACACUUCCCCUAGCAGCAGGAAUGCAUUUCGGAACCACGCCCAAACUAAAUGCAACCAACAAAGGCGGAAGGGGAGGAAAUUCGAGGAAAUUGAUACCCACAUUGAAUGCUGACGUGCAACACAUCGAGCAGCUGCAGAGAAAACGCGCCGGUUUGAAACAGCAUCCGAACGCUGCGAUACCAACUGCCUUUCCUCUUCCGGAGUUCAGAGCAGAUCAACAGGAAAAUUACUUUGUCCCCAACGUAAUCACCGAAGACGGAGAAACCGAACAGCCUUCCCCUCCGACCAAAUAUACCUCCAACCAACACCAACAAGGUAAGCCCGUUCCAACUACUGAUUUCAAUUGCCAACCAAUGUCUCCCAUAUCAAAUAUAGACCAUUAUGAGUCCCUGAUAAGCCAAUUUGGACACAUGUCGCCAAGUGAAUCAAAUAUAGCCCAAUUUAUGACUGAUUAUAAACCCACUCCCUCUCAACUUGCUGCUCGCCAGACCAUGAAUCGUGACCUCCCUACCUUCACUGGGAACCCGGCAGAAUGGCCUAUGUUUAUAAGCAUUUUCACAACCACAACAUUGGCCUGUGGUUUCAACAAAGCCGAAAAUCUUUUACGCCUUCAGCGAUGCUUAAAAGGCGCGGCUCUUGACUCGGUCCGGAGUCGCCUUAUGAUGCCGAAUUCCGUUCCGAACAUUAUUGAUACACUCCGAAGCUUUUAUGGAAGACCGGAGUUAUUAAUUAACGAUAUGCUAGCCAAAAUUCGUUCUAUUCCCCCACCUAAAAAUGAUAAACUUGAAUCGUUAAUUGAAUUCGGCAUUAUCGUCCAGGGUUUUUGUGAUCACCUCAAAGCUGCGAAUCAAGAGAAUCACCUGUCAAAUCCGUCACUACUUUCGGAGUUAGUACAACGUUUACCUGAUAAUUACAAGAUGCAGUGGGCGGAUUAUAGUGUAGUGAAAAGUGAUGUCGAUUUGCAUGAUUUUGGAGAAUUUAUGAACAAAUUAAUUACCUCCGCCAGUCGUGUUACCUUGUACACGGGGCCAACUGGUAGAUCGGAAGAUCGUAGCAAACCGAAGCGCGGUUUGCUUCAUGCGCACAUGGACGUCGGUCAAACAACUAACCGGGUACUGAAAUGCGUUGCGUGUGAUGGAGAUCAUCGUCUCAAGGAUUGUGCGGAAUUUACAUCGUUCAACAUAGACAAUCGUUGGCAGUUGGUACUCAAAGAAGGACUUUGCAGGAACUGUCUUAAUUUCCAUGGUCGUCGUUCCUGUAGAGUGCGUGGUCAAUGUGAUGUGAACGGUUGCCAGCAGCGACAUCAUCCUCUGCUACAUUCCCCUCGUCUCCCUCCUCCUUCUAAUGAAACUUCGAAUAGUUUCGUAAACCAUCAUACUGUUACGUCAGCUGAAAAUCACACGCAUCGGAGUUCGACCUCAUCUCAUCUUUUCCGUAUUUUACCGAUUACUGUGUAUGGAAGCGGAAACCGAAAGCUAAAUACUUAUGCCUUUUUGGAUGAGGGCUCAUCUCUUACACUCAUGGAAGAGGCGCUAGCUCAGGAGCUUGGAAUCCAAGGUGACCCUCAAGUGCUCUGCUUGAAAUGGACUGGAAACGUGACCCGAACUGAACGCAAUUCACAAAAACUAGAAUUAGAAAUAUCUGGAAUUAAUCUUACUAAAUAUCACCUACAAGAUACCAGAACGGUGAAAGCUUUGACACUUCCAAAGCAAUCAUUGCAAUAUGAUUCACUGUCAACAAUGUUCCGCCAUCUAGAAGGCCUGCCAAUCUCCAGCUAUACUCAUGCAGUGCCACGGAUUUUGAUUGGAGUGAAUAAUAUUCGGUUAACUGUUCCACUUCGAGUCAAAGAAGGCAAGCUCAAUGAACCAGUUGCUACCAAGACACGUCUUGGUUGGUGUGUAUACGGGGGAACGGUCGGUUGUCUAGAAAAAGCAACGGUGAAUCUUCAUACAUGCGUGUGCAUAACCGAUAGAACCCUUCAUGACACGGUUAAAGAUUACUUCGCAUUGGAAGAUACUGGUAUUGCGACUUCAAAGGUUUUAGAAUCAGCAAACGAUAUCCGGGCAAAUAAGAUUCUGGAAGAAUCAACUAUUCGUGUAGGCCAACGAUUUCAGACAGGUUUAUUAUGGAAAUACGAUCUUGAUCUAAUAGAGUUUCCGGAUAGUUUCCCUAUGGCCAUGAAACGGUUUGAAUGUCUCGAAAGAAAGCUGGAAAAAGACCUGAAAAUUAAACAAACAAUUGAACAGCAAAUUAAAGAUUAUUUAACGAAAGGAUAUGCUCGUCGAGCCACUAACGAUGAACUUAAAAAUAGCGAUCCUCGGAAAGUAUGGUACUUACCUUUGGGUGUAGUAGUAAAUCCGAAAAAACCGGGAAAAGUACGCAUGGUUUGGGAUGCUUCCGUCAUGGUAAACGGAGUUUCGUUAAAUACAAUGCUGUUGAAAGGACCUGAUCAGCUAGUUGCAUUGCCUAGAGUUCUUUUUCGAUUCCGUCAAUUCGCAAUCGCAGUAACGGGAGAUAUAGCAGAAAUGUAUCACCAGAUUCUCAUCCGACCACAAGACCAACAAUCUCAACGAUUUCUUUGGCGAUCCGACCCGAACAAAAAUCUUGAAGUAUUCAUAAUGCAGGUUGCGACGUUUGGAUCUACGUGUUCUCCCGCAUCCGCACAAUACGUAAAAAACCGUAAUGCCAUGGAGUUUGCUGAGAAAUAUUCGAGAGCUGUAGAAGAGAUUAUAGACGGUCACUAUGUAGACGACUAUAUGGGAAGCUUCGCCAGUAAAGAAGAAGCUAAAAACGUCGCUGUUGAAAUACGCGAUGUUCACGCCCAAGGUGGUUUCAAAAUACGAGACUGGAAGUCCAAUUGUUCCGAAGUUAUCGAAGUAUUGGAGGAACAAACAACCAGCAAUCCGUCGCGCGUUGGAAUUAAUUCGACGACUAGCGAGAAGGUGUUAGGCAUGCAGUGGUUCUCAGGGGAAGAUCUCCUAGCCUACUGUAUCUCAUUUCAACCAGAUUUGCAGAAGCUUAUUACUAACAGAAAUAGACCUACAAAGCGCCAAGUGCUUAAAUUUCUGAUGAGUGUGUUUGAUCCUCUGGGAUUGUUAGCAGCGUUCGUGGUGCAAGGAAAAGUGUUGUUGCAAGAUGUAUGGCGUGCUGGAACAAAAUGGGAUGAAGAAAUUGAUGACCAAGGUUUUGCGAAAUGGAUACGAUGGACUGACCAAUUCCAAUUGAUAACGGAUCUGAGGAUUCCCAGGUGUUACUAUCCCAGCGCUACCGAUCUUCAGUACAAGUAUUUAGAACUCCACAUAUUUGCUGACGCCAGUGAAGACGCUUAUGCUGCAGUUGCCUUCUUUCGUAUUCCUGUUUCUCAUGAUUCCUUCCAAUUCUCCUUGGUUGCGGCUAAGACAAAAGUAGCUCCUCUGAAACACUGCUCCAUCCCUCGUUUAGAACUGCAGGCGGCCGUUUUGGCGACUCGUUUAGCAACGUUCAUCAAAGAAGGUCAUACCUUGACAAUUGACAAAAUAGUAUUCUGGUCAGACUCUAGCACAGUUUUGGCAUUGAUACGCUCUGAUCAUCGGCGGUAUAAACAAUUCGUUGCUUGUCGGGUUUCUGAGGUCUUAACGACAACUACGAUCGCUGACUGGCGGUGGAUAUCGACCAAACUUAACGUAGCAGAUCUAGCAACAAAAUGGGGCCAAGGAGGCCAACUGAAUUCAAACAGUCCCUGGUUUCAGGGCCCUGAAUUCUUGAAAUUGGAUGAACAGCACUGGCCUAAACCGAAAUCAAUUUUAGCUACCAACGAAGAGAUGAAACUUUGUGGAAUACAUCAUGGUAUUACUGUCCCAGUACCUAUAAUUGACCCUUUACGUUAUUCGCGAUGGACUAGGAUGCUAAGAGUGACGGCGUACAUUUUACGAUACUUUAACAACGUUCAGAAGAAGAGGUCAAAGCUUAAUAGUAUUUAUCUCACUCGAGAUGAACUGCAGAACGCUGAAAAUUAUCUUUUUCGUUCCGUACAAUGGGAGGCGUAUCCAGAAGAAAUGUCAGUGCUGCUGUCGACUACAAAUGUUGGUGUAGAAAAGAAUAGUCCACUGUACAAGUUAUCCCCUUACGUAGAUGAGCAAGGGGUGCUCAGAAUGGACGGACGAAUAGGAGCAGCUAAGAAUGUAGAAGAAAGCACCAAGUUUCCAGUGAUUCUGUGCAAGCAACAUCCGAUAACUGAUCUUCUUAUUAGUCAUUACCAUAGCAAGUACCAUCACGCAAACUUUGAGACCGUGGUGAACGAAAUCAGGCAGUGUGUCUACAUUCCACAGAUUCGAUCGCGCGUCAAGAUCAUAAUAAAUGGAUGCCAAUGGUGCAAAGUGUACAAAACCCGUCCCCAAGUUCCCAGAAUGGCUCCGCUACCGGCAGCGAGAUUAUCAUCAUUCACUCGACCUUUCAGCUAUGUUGGGCUGGAUCUUUUCGGACCCGUUUCGGUCAAAGUUGGCAGAAGCAAAGUGAAGCGUUGGGUAGCCUUGUUCACGUGCUUAACUAUACGUGCAGUACACGUGGAGGUGGUGUAUAGCCUGGACACUCAAUCUUGCAUCAUGAGUAUCCGUCGUUUUGUCGCUCGACGUGGUUCCCCGCUUGAGUUCCAUUCAGAUAACGGUACAAAUUUCCGUGGGGCAGACAACAUACUACAAGAACAGAUUAGAAACAUCCAAGAAGGACUGGCGUCAACGUUUACUAACACUGUAACAAAAUGGGUUUUUAUUCCUCCUGGAACGCCCCAUAUGGGAGGCUCCUGGGAGCGUAUGACUCACUGCUUUUCUGCUACUGCUGCUGCUGCUGCGGAUACCCGUCGAUGCUGCCGGACACUACGGUGCUGGAUCUCGCUGCCGUGGUACCACCAGGAUUUGUCGGGUCGACCGGGUUUCCACCAGGUUUCGACCGGGAUAGCGGACGCCCUGGUGCGGGCCGGCAUUUCUUGCCUGCCUUAG